CUGAUCUAAAGCCAAGCUUUGCCGUUUACAGGGAUUAAUCAGACUGGAAGCUCAGAGCAUUCCCAGGGCAAAUGAGGUGUCUAGCACUUAGUGAACUGUGAAGCACUAUAAAAAGUAUUAUUAAAAUAUGUUUAUUGACUGUCUUCUAUAUGUGGGUGUGUUACCUGCAGUAUAUAAUUUAAUUUUCACAACACUCUGCAAGGGAACUAUCAUUUUCCCUCCUUUAUAAAAUGAGGAAAGGGAGGCUCAGAAAGCUGAAGGUAUGGCCCAAAGUUACACCGUAAGAGACAACACCGAGUCCUAUCGUUUUCACUGAUCCAAGCUGUUAAGUAAACAAAGCAACUCUGAGUUUUCCUUCAGCAGCAAAAUCCUGUCUUUCCAACAUCAUAGAUUGCAACUUUGGGUGGAGAACCCAGAGACCAGUCUUCCUACUUGGGCAAACCAGGAAUAAACUCUUCCUGUCCUUUUCACUGAUGCCCAAUUCUCAAUACCCAAACAACCUGCAGAGAAAUGUAACUGGGCCAGCCAACGCCCUUUUGCCUGCUCUUCCACUUGGAAAGAGUUCUGCUUCAAGGAAGGGUGUGUAUGGAAGCUAAGCAAAGUACCAGCUUCCAUCCAGGUCCAGGGCCUCACCUCGAUAGACCUGACCUUGACCUUGUCCUGGGAAGCGGGUGACCUUGGUCAACGUGUGGGGCUUACCAGAGAAACGGGGCUUUGCACUGCACCUUCAGGAUAAGCACCCUAAGCUCUGUAGUGGCUACGUUCCCUCUCAUCCCUUCUUUUCCUCCUCCCUCCAAGCCGGGGUGGCACCGAGUCACGGGGAAGUUCAAAGCGGCCCCGGGGGGGUAGGGAGGGGCUUCCCGGCUGGGUACUGCGGGUGCUCUCAGGACUCGGAUAUGCCUCUAGCUCGGCGAAGAAGUCAACUCGACUCCUCGCGAGGAAGAAACUAUAGUGUCGGGCUAGCGAGCGCAUCCGCGACCCGGGCAGAGGGGCUGGGCACCCUCUCUGGGAGCGGGGAGGCGCUGGGGUCCACCGGUGACCUGGGAACUCUUCACCUCUAACUUGUGCCUGUGCAGGCACAGGCAGGAGCACCCACAAGGAGAAUGAAAUGAGAAGAUGCAGGUGAAACCAUCAGCACAAACAUCCAAUCUAUCUAAGACGAGACUCUGGCAUGCCCACUUAUGGACUCCGACAGUCUAUCUUACUGAACACCAGGCUUCAGGACUGCUAUGUGGACUCACCAACUCUCACCAACAUCUGGACGGCUAGAAUGCGUGCAAAGCAGGACAUCAACGCCCCAGCACCAGGGAUCACCUCUUCUUGGGAAGUUGUAAAGAACCCGUUUAUUGCCAGUUCAUUCUCCUUGGUGAAGCUGGUGCUCAGGAGACAACUGAAGGAGAAGUGCUACCCCACACCAUGCCGAUUUGGAGAAGCAAAACCCUCGAAGAGAUUAAAGCCCAAGGAGGAGUCAGCAAUGAACGCUACCCGGCGGGGCAGGAUAAGAAACUCCAACAGCUCCAAGAUCAAGUGGCCUGUGGGGCAGCGACGGGGCUCACCCAGGCCCAGGAGGCCUGCAGGAGGAAUUAAUGAGAGUAAAGAAAGUUCAAAGGAGAAAAAAGUAACAGUCCGCCAAGAUCUUGAGAACAGAUAUGCUGAACAUGUGGCAGCCACCCAAGUGCUACCCCGGGACAUUGGGACAGCAGCCUGGAAGGGCCGGGUGUUGCUUCCUGAAGCCAGAAAGAGACGGCAGUUGUCGGACACCCUAACCAUCCACGGCCUCCCCACAGAGGGUUACCGGGCGCUGUACCACGCUGUGGUCGAGCCCAUGCUGUGGAAUCCUUCAGGGACCCCCAAGAGGUACAGCUUGGAACUAGGCAAGGCCAUCAAACAAAAGCUCUGGGAGGCUCUGUGCAGCCGGGCUGCCAGCCCCAAAGGUGCUCAGGACCCGUUACGGGGCAGGAGGCAGUCAGAGGUCCACGAGGAGCCUGUGCCCAAGAAAUGGCCCAAGUUAAAGAGGGAGAAAUAGAAACAGGAACUCACCAGAUUAGGAUAUUCUCUGCUAGAUGUCUAAAAAAUAAACAC